AUGAGCAGCGGCGCUGACAUUCUCGAUGGCUUCUUUAGCCCAUCGGCGAUGCCCUUCACCCCAGGUGGGAACGGGGGGCAGUGGGCUGGCGAGCAACGGCCGCCGCAGCAGCAGCAGCAGCAACAGCAAGUCCAGCCACACACACCCAACAGCGCUUCACCUGACGCCACAACUGUGACCACCAGCGGUAGCAGCAGUAGCCAAAGUGGCGACAAGAGCAGCGGCGCCGCCCUUCCCAGCAGCGGCCACGCCGAAUACAGCACAUCCACCCCUGCUGGCCUUCACACGAACCGCAACAAUGACAAUUCGAGUAACGUCUACCCACGAGGCGAUGGGAUGGCGCGCAUACACGCACUCUCCUCUGCAGCCGCCUCCUCCUCCAACCAGGCGUACGCUGGGAUGCCGGCAACGUACGCUACUGUGAUGCCGCAGCACUUGGCACAUCAACAAAUGCAGCUGGCUGGUGGCAUCUCCAUGCCCCUCAAUGCAGCAGCACCACAACCGCUACAGUCCAAGCCAGAAGAAGCAAGGAUGCCGGACGGGGCGCUGCAGGCGGUUCGAGGCAGUGACGUGAUGCUGGAGCGGCUGCUGGCGUGUCUGAGUGAGUGCAAGGGCAUGGCGUCACUUCAGCUUCAGGUGGCGGAGACCACGACGCCGUCCCCUGCUGCUGCCGCUGUUCUGAGUCAAUUGGUAGCACAUUUGGAGGAGGACAGAAUGAGGCUGCUGCAACUCCGUGGCGUAUUUGCCCCCAGUGCUGUGAUGAGCAAUGGAGUCACAGCGUACCACAACAUGGCCGUAGAUGCGUCAAAGGACCGUCUUGCCGCCACCCAACCACACCUGUCAAACACUCAGCAACAUCAACAGCAGCAUCAGUACCCAACAGACGCAAACGGAACGCCAUUAUUCGGUGCCCCUGCGUCCGCUGCGGCGGCGGCGGCGACGGCGGCAGCAGCAUCGUUUUACGACCGCCCCAUAUGGUGUUUUCCGGAGACACGGAAUGCCCUCAACAAAAAUAGCGGCAUGGACUUCGUGGAGGAGGGCAGUUCCGCAGGGGCGGCGAUGAAGCAGCAUCCGAAGCAACAGCAACCUCCUCAUCCACACAGUUACAAUCACCUCGAUGUGGGCAUGGCGCCCUCAGGCCAAAUGAUGCCGUACAUGGGGGGCGGCGGUGUUGCAGCAGCGGCGUAUCAGGCGUCAAACGCGCCUCUGCUUGGCGCGGGCGAAGAUCCCUCUGCUAUGUACGCGGCACCNGCCGAGGUGGCGCCUAGUCUCCUGGACACCAGCAUGGGCAACCGGAGCCGCGGCCCGCCACGGCGUGUGGUGGAGCAGCCGCAGCCUGCUGCGGAGGGUGAGGAUGCGCAGAAGUUCCUCGCCUUUGUGGAGUUCAAGCGGCACCGUGUGCGCAAGUACGAGUGCGCCCUAGACAUCACGCCGGGCCAGUACGUCAUGGUGGACGGUGACCGUGGUAGAGACUGCGGCCUCCUUGUGCAGACAAUGAAGACGCUGCCGGACGGCACCUCUGCGCUCUUCUGCAUGGACGGCAGCCACGUCAACGCGGACAAGAUCAAGCUGGAGAAGGGGCGCGUGCUGGGGGUCGCCACGACCGAGGAAAUUGACUACCUGCACAACACCAUGCAGCGGGCGGAGCGGGUGGCUCUCGAGACAUGCAAGAAGGUGUGUAACGACAUGGGCAUCGACAUUAACCUGCAGGACUGUGAGUACCAGUUUGAUAUGGAGAAGGUGAGCUUCUACUUCAACAGCGAGCACAGUAUCGAUUUCCGUCCACUUGUCCGGGAGCUGUACCGCAUGUUCCGCGUGCGCAUUUGGAUGGAGAACACGAACCCGCACGUAAAGAACGCCAUGCCAGUAACUGAUGCGGCAGGUAGCAGCAGCAAUAAUAAUAACAACAACAACAACGCUGACGAUGCGGCAGCUUCAGGUGAGGGUGGCGCUAACGGUGAUAGCAAGAAGAACAACAGCCAGAACCACAGCAACUACAACAACAACAACAACAACAGCAAGCACGGUGGCCCCCGCCGUCGUGGGCCGCGGUGGGCGCAGAAAAACACGCAACUGAAGGAUGACCGAAACUGA